AUGCCGGCCUUCAUGCUGCAGGACGACGAAGAAGACUGCCCUUGGUGGAUGCGAAAGCUCAUCGCCGCCAACUUCGACAAGACGUGCGCCCGGGACCGCGUGUGCAAGACCUGCGGCGGCGCCCCCUUCUGCGACCACUGCUGCGGGGAGCACCACCGAGACCACCACACCGCGUCCGCCAGGCCCGCCAGGCCUGCCAGGGGGGUGAACGGCUUGGCGGUGCCAAAGGAGGCGCACCGGAGGGACUCGUUCUGCAUCGACUGCGGCGUCGGCUUCUGCUCCAACCUCUGCGAGCACCACGCGGGCCACGAGGUCAUCCCCAUCGACGCAUACGGCGACCGCCACUUCGUGCGGAGCACCGGGUCCGAGUCCUGGUUCAUCGCCUCCACCUUCGACGGCAUCGAGACUUUCGAGGACAAGGACGGCAACCUGAUGGUGCCCCUGGAGCGGAAGCGCUCCAUCUUACCGGAGCCAGGCCUGAGGUACCGCUACGACACCACACCACCCAUCGCCCCGCACCAGAUGGAUGAAGCCAUGGAGGUGAGCGUCGGUAACUAGUGAUUGACUGGCUAUUCCAUCUACGACGUUGGUUUCAACUCUGAACCACCGUGUGAUCGAUCGGGGCACUUCAAAACUAUUCGGAAGUGUCAUCAAUUCUUCUACCCAGUUCGUGUCUGUUUGGGAACCCAUGAAAUUUGAGAUCGUCAGACAUUUUACAUGUGUAGUGGUUAAGAAGCAUGCGAAAGAACAUCGAACCAUCUAAGAUGACUGAUCAGCUAUGGGCUUGUUGAACUGUAUGGUGUUCUCAGUUUUCUCUUCGUUUUCGAGAUUUUGGCUAGAGUUUUCGUUAAACUGAUCGGUGGAAGUAUAAUGAUAACUUGAGC